AUGUUCAUUGCACGAUCAGAAUAUGACCGUGGAAUCAACACCUUCUCUCCCGAAGGUCGUUUGUUCCAGGUCGAAUACUCUCUUGAAGCUAUCAAACUAGGCUCCACAGCGAUCGGAGUAGCAACAUCUGAGGGCGUCAUCCUCGGUGUUGAGAAGCGCGUAACAUCUACCCUACUCGAAGCCUCAUCCGUCGAGAAGAUCGUCGAAAUUGACCAGCACAUCGGCUGUGCCAUGUCCGGACUGCAGGCCGACGCCCGCAACUUGGUCGAACACGCCCGCGUUGAGUGCCAGAACCACGCCUUCCACUAUGCCGAGCCUCUACGAGUCGAAAGCACCACGCAAGCCAUUUGCGACUUGGCUUUGCGAUUCGGUGAGAGCGGUGACGAUGAGGAGAGUGUCAUGAGCAGACCGUUUGGUGUUGCUUUGUUAAUCGCUGGUUACGAUGAGGAUGGCCCCCAGCUAUACCAUGCUGAACCCUCCGGCACAUUCUACCGGUAUGACGCCAAGGCCAUCGGCUCGGGAAGCGAAGGCGCGCAGGCGGAGCUACAGAAUGAAUACCAUCGGUCUUUGACUCUAGCAGAGGCCGAGACGCUGGUUCUCAAGACCUUGAAGCAGGUCAUGGAGGAGAAGCUUGAUUCGAAGAACGUUCAAUUGGCCAGUGUGACCAAGGAGAAGGGUUUCCGCAUCUAUAACGAUGAGGAGAUGGGCCAGGCUGUCACACAGCUAGGCAACAACCAAUGA